AUGGCACCUCAGGAAAUCAAUGACAAACCUAAACGGAAACGAGAAAUACCUUCCCCACGAUACUCGCCCUACGGCGAUGGCAGACCCCAAAGCCCAGAGGAACGCACGGCAAUCCUAGCUUGUCGAUUCCGGGAUGAGAUGAGCAUCAGGCGCAAGAACCUCGACUCGGAGUACGGGGAUAGCACGUUGCAUACGACGCACGCGGAGGUUCGGUCGGGACGCGGGCUAUACCAAGCCUACGAGAUCUUCGUCACUUCAAGGCACCCCCACGUAAAGCUCAUCAUGAGCAAUGCGGUUGCUCCCGAGAAUGAAGAGGAUCUACUCCGGUCUGAGCUGUUGAUCAUCUUGGCGGUAAUGCAUUCGCGAUUGCGGGUCGAAACGAUGUUAGAACACGUCGUCAUGCCAGGCGAUUGGUGCGUCAACCUGAAGGACUGCCAGAGUAUCAAGGACUGCCCCAUCGAAGGCAGUGUGUGUUUGACCACGUGCUGCUCCGGCUCGGCCAAGUGCAUGCCUCCCGAUAAGCUGUGCACGACCACCAUGUCGCGUAUCUUCCGGCCCCGUGAGGUUGUUGGCAGCGGGGAUGUGGACGAGGUCUCCGCGGCGGCGGCGGCGGGCGCUCAUGACCGUUCCGAGGAGGGGCAUGGGGUUUUCGCUCGCCAGGAGGGCGAGUUCAGUUCCCCGAUUCGGCCUGGAGAUGCUGUGUGA